CCAUUUCUGCAGCCAUGACAAAUGCUAGGGAAGAAUUUGGAGGGGGUGCCAGCCUGGAGGAUGAACUGAGCUGUCCCAUCUGCCUGUGUCUGUACAGGAACCCAGUGUCGCUGAGCUGCGGUCACAGCUUCUGCAAGCAGUGUGUCCAGAAGGCGCUCAGUGCGCAGCAGCAAUCCAAGGCCCCUUAUUCCUGCCCCAUGUGCAAACUCCAGCUGGGGCCCAUCCUGGAGCUACAGAAGAAUUUCCAGCUGUGCAGCAUCGUGGAGGCAUUUCUGGCCACCACUUCCAAAGGACAACAGGGCAAGGGCUCUGCAGAGGAGAAGAAGGAGUUAGUUCCCUGUGACUUCUGCCUGGAUUGGUCCCAGCCAGCGGUGAAAACCUGCCUGAUCUGCGAUGCGUCUUUGUGCCAGGCCCAUCUGAACAAACACAACGCCAAGGCUUCCCAGCAGGACCACAUCCUGGUGGAGGUGGGCGCAGGCAGUGUGGCAGAGGAGAGGAGGUGCCUGGAGCACGGCAGGCUGCUGGAGUGCUACUGCCAGGACGAGGGGCAGUACAUCUGCAUGCUCUGCUCUAUUGCGGGGUGCCACAAGGGCCACAGCAUCAUCACCCUGAAGGAGGCACAUGACAAUCAGCUGCGUGAACUCUCGAACAUUGUGAGGUGGCUGCAGGAACGUAAAAGUGCUUUAGCGACCGCCCUAGAAGAGCUUCACAAAAGCGAGAAUCAGCUCAAGACCAACACGAAAACAGUGACUUCUCAGCUGCAAAAGCUGUUUGAAGAGAUGAAGACAGACAUGAUUCAGAAAGAGAAGAAGAUCCUGAGUGACAUUCAAUCCAAUGAGAAAAAACAACUGGCAGACAUUAACAAAGUGAAGAAGGAAAUGGAACAGAGGAGAGAUGAGGCUGCACAGCAUCUUCAGUCUUUGCAGAAGAUGAGAGAGCAAACAGAUAUUUUCAUCUUCUGCAAAGAAUUUAAACUGGCCGUGGGCAGGAUUGCGAGUCAGAAUUUCAGCAGCAGGAGCAUGGACGUGGUGGUAGUGCAGGUGGAUCAGGCCAGGAUCGACCGCUGCCGACGCCUGAUGUGGGACUUCAUGAGUCAGCAGGACUCGCUGCUGCAAGGCGUGCACAGUGAACUCACCAACCAAAUUAAGUGGAACAGUGGGGCUUCAGAUACCGGUACCUCUUCAAACGCUGAUAAUGGAUGGAGAGCACAAGAGGCAUGCGAUGCAGUAAGUGAAGCUUUUCCAUCUUGUGUAUUCCUACAGCACAAAAGCCAUGGGAAGGGUCAGCGAACUUCAAAAUGGCAGAUGUGAACAACGUGUUUCGUCCACAUAUUCCCAGAAGUAGGGGAGACAUGAAAAAAAGAAGUCAGAACUGAGAUGGAAAGAAAAAGUUAAAUAUUGUCAAAAAUGUCCUCUAAUAAUGAGGACUUGCUAAGUGUCUACCUCCCCUGCAUACCUGCUAUUAAAAGCAAUUCUGUAGCAUAUGCAAAUUUAGAAAAGAAGUGCUAAGAAUUAACACGAACAUAAGAAAAUCUCCAGCUGCUGCUGGCUUCCAAACUGUGGACUAUAUCCUCUCAUGGUACUAAUGAUACUUGUGUACUAUUAAUUGCAGUGACUGUGUUGUCAUUAUGUGGUUGGAUAACGAAAUAAAUGACUAUAGAUACA